AUGGCCGAGGGUCUAACCGCUGCUGCAUCUCUCGUGUCCCUGGCUUGGGCUUUGGCUUCCUACCAAAAGGCCCUCCGCGACUCCCGCGACGACAAGAAACCCAUCAGUUACAUGGCUGUUAUCAUCCAGUUUUGCUGGCAUUUCUUCACAAUCGCGGCCAGGGUCAUUACUUUUGCUCUCUUUGCCUCAGUUUUCCAGCUGUACUUUGGGAUCUUCAUCGUGCUGCACUGGUGCAUCAUGACCUUCUGGAUCGUCCACUGCGAGACGGAGUUUUGCAUCACUAAGUGGGAGGAGAUCGUUUUCGACAUGGUGGUUGGGAUAAUCUACAUCUUCAGCUGGUUCAACGUCAAGGAAGGCAGGACACGCUGCAGGCUUUUCAUUUACUACUUCGUGAUCCUUCUAGAGAACACUGCCUUGAGUGCUCUCUGGUACCUGUACAAGGCCCCACCCAUCUCCGAUGCAUUCGCCAUACCAGCACUGUGUGUAGUGUUCAGCAGCUUUUUAACAGGCAUCGUUUUUAUGCUCAUGUACUAUGCCUUCUUUCACCCCAAUGGACCACGGUUUGGGCAGUCACCAAGCUGUGCUUGUGAGGACCCUGCCACUGCCUUCACCCUCCCCCAGGAAGGGGCCACAAACACUCUGCGCUCCAUCUCCAACAACCGGAGCGUGACGAGCGAGAGGGAUCAAAAAUUCACGGAGAGGGAUGGGUGUGUGCCUGUGUUUCAGGUCAGACCCACUGCACCCUCCACACCUUCCUCCCGGCCACCAAGGAUUGAGGAGUCUGUCAUUAAAAUCGAUCUGUUCAGGAACAGGUACCCAGCCUGGGAGAGACACGUGUUGGACAGGAGCCUGAGAAAGGCCAUCUUAGCGUUUGAAUGUUCCCCUGCUCCUCCACGGCUACAGUAUAAAGAUGAUGCCCUGAUCCAGGAGCGCUUGGAGUAUGAGACCACCUUGUAAACAAAACAAAACCACAGCUUGAAGAAGCUCCAGUGUCAGCUUAAGGGUUAACAGGGGGCUGUAGGAAUAACUAAACUGCAUACUACCAGUAGAGCAGCAAGCUGUAGUGUUCUUAGUCUGGCUAUCAUCAUGAUUAUCAUUUGAUCCACUGUGUGCAGUCUGUCUGCAGGACGCUGAUACAGCAGCAUCACCUGAAAGCCUCCAAACCCCACCCCAAACCCUGCCCCACACGUACAGAUUCAGUUUCUUCAGCUGGGGAAACUCACCCACGACUCCUUGCUGCUACGAAGCUCCGACUGCGCAGCACCCAAAAUCAGAGCGCUAGUGAGGCUCUGAGCUGUCAACUUGAGCCGGUAGUGCAUUUCCUUUCAGAAAUGAGGGAUUGAGAUUUCCAUAAUCAGCAGCAAAACCAAACCAAGCAAAUUAAAACCAAAACACAACACCCUUUUCAGAAAGGACCAAACCAUAGCACGCAGUGGUGGUGUUGUGAAAACUGUUUUUCCUGAGGUCAAAAAAAGGAGCAUUGUCAUCUUCAACACUCCCGUAAAUCAACCAGUCAGACCAGAAUUAGGUUUGCAAAUUAGCUCUCAAUUAAAACAACACAUGGCCACCUUUGUCAGGCUGUCAAUGGAAAAGAAACUAAAUUCUGAUUAAUUAGGUGAUAAAACAUGAACGCUGCCAGAACUGUUUGGGUUUGGUUUUGGGUUUGGUUUGGUUUCCUGAGGGACUUUAAAGCCUCUUUAAAUGCAAUUUUAAGUUGUUUACUUGCAACAGAAAUCCUAUGCAGCUCACUUUGAGGCUCUGGCCAGCCUGAUCUAGGGUAGGAUGUCCCUGCCCAUGGCAGGGGGGUUGGAACUGGCUGAUCCUUGUGGUCCCUUCCAACCCUGACUGAUUCUAUGCUUCACUUCUGGUUUUCAGGAGCAGUAAGGAGCUCUAGCAUGUAAUGAGGUAAAUUAAAUGAUAAUCAUGAUCCAGUGUUCAAUUUGCAAAGAAAACACCAUAAAAAUAAAAAUUAAAACAAACAAAAAAAUCAAUAUCUGUGUCAAAGAACAGGGAAGUAAUAGUUUUCAUAUUCUAAACUCUUUUUUUUUUGAGGACCCCAUUCAGAUAUUGCAGAAGAAACUACAAGGAGAUGAACACACUGAAAGCUCUCUGUUUCAGGACUGAGAAUGCGUGGUUCAGUGUGUGAAUGUAUGCAGGGGUGACAAGAGACUGUGCCAUGCCAUACCCUUCUAGUGCCAAACGCUGUAGAACUACAAGGUUGAUGUUGCCUGAGGGACAGGCAACGAGUGGCACAAGCCCUGCCAGAACAAGAAGCAGGAAAGACCAAUCGAGCUCUCAACAUGUAGAGACAACUCUGAUUUUUCCCACCCGAGGUGAAAGCGAUGUCUUUUAAAGGCUUUCAGCCACCUCUUAGUAAGUAUAUUCACCCAAGUAUGAUAGAAACAAGCUCUGUGGAAGAUCCUCUUCUGCCUGUUCAAGACUUGUGUCCAGAUACAUCUCCAAACCGUGUCGAAUCUCUUGUAACAGAGUGCUUUUGCCGCAAGCUUUUUUGGGUUUGAAAUACCUCCCUUAAUCUAGUCCAACGGUAUCCUCCUUUGUGUUAAAAGUAUCCCCUGAUGGUGCUUUCAGAUGCAUUAAAGGUGCAAGUCAAAAUUUGAUAGUAUUUUUUUUAAAGCUGGUGCAGAGUGAAAAAAACUCAUGAAUUAUUUCAAUAUUUUUGUAAAGGAAACACAAAAAAAAAAUAACAAUGGUGAUAAUAAUAAAUAUGGUAUAAAAAGGUUACUUUUUAUAAACCUCAAAUCUUUUAAUACAUUUCAUUCUCUUUAUAGCUUAGAUUUUAAGAAUUGGUCCAUGGAUUUUAUCAGCUGGGCUUCUGCAGGUUGAUAGAAACCUGGGUUUCACACAUUAUGGAGUUGUUUUGCAGUGUAAUGCCAUGUGAAAGCCUACACGGGUACUUUUAGUAAUACUCUCUCAACCAUGGAUCCUACUUCAGAUGUCAGUGGCUUGUAAAGACACCAAGUGAUGAUUCCAUAAGCAGCGAUUUGAUUCCAUAAGCAGCAAGCUGAUUCCGUAAGCAGCAGUUUGAUUCCAUAAGCAGCAAAUUGAUUCCAUGAGCAGCAAUUUGAUUCCAUAAGCAGCAGUUUGAUUCUAUGAGCAGCAGUUUAAUUCCAUAAGCAGCAAUUUGCCAUAACUCUUUCCAUCCGUUUUAGGAGAGCGAAGCAGAACUGAAGAGUUACUGCUGUAAAUGGCACUGUGAGGAUGGAGAAGACCUGAUGCUUGGUGGUGUAAUCUUCACUGUCAGCAAACUGCUGCAGGGUCAGAGUGCACCACACCACACGUGGCAGGGCAUCUUGUCUUCAGAAUGCAAUCUGGCUGCUUGAGGAUGGAAGGAGAAGCCAUUUUUACACCGAGUCAAAGUUUGCUCUCCAAAAUCUUGCUCUGUUACCUCCAUCACAUCAGCGAGACUUGCACUGAGAACAGGGUGAUCAUCUUAACCACUCAGAUGACUACAAGGGCAGAUUCUUGGUUUGCAUUGCUGUGAAUAGUCACCAAAAUAAAAAGGGGAAAUAAAAACCAAAA